AUGAGCGACAUUGAGCUUCCCGUCGAGUCGCCGCUCACCUCGGCAUCCAAGCUGCUACAGAGCGUGGUUUCGCAGCUCGACACAUCCAAGCCUGCCACUUCGGAGCAGCUGGCCCAACUCAAGAUGGUCUCAUCUCUGCUCUCUGGCCUCGACCCAUACCUCGACCAGGUGUCCUCGGCCGCGCCUGCCGUCCAGCGUCCUCUGCUCAAAGCGACCGCCACGCACGACUGGGAAGGCGCGUGGUCUCGCAAGGAGACGCUCUUCCACCUCUCCGCUGCGUGGUCUGCGGGCGCAUACGAAGGCAACUUCGUCGGUCUCCUCACAAAGCUCACGCACGCUAAGAAGGCGCUCGAGAUCGGCAUGUUCACAGGCACCACGACGGUCUGCAUCGCUCAACAACUGCCCGAGGGAGGCAAGGUGACAGCGCUCGAGAUCGACCCUUACCUGGACAACUUCACCCGCCCGCUGUUCAACGAGACUGGUCUGGGCGACAAGAUCGACGUCAAGGUCGGUAACGCCGUCGACCACCUCGAGACGAUCGCCAAGAACAUCCUGACCGACGAAGAGGCGUACGACAUCAUCUUCAUCGACGCCGACAAGCCAGGGUACAAGAGGUACUUCCAGACCAUCCUCGAUAAGGGACUGCUCAAGAGGAACGGCCUGUUGGUGGUGGAUAACACGCUGUACAAGGGCACGCCGUGGACCGAAGGACUCGUGGACCAGGAGAUGUUGGCGAUUGGGAAGGAGAACGCGGAUGCCAUCAAGGAGUUCAACAAGGUGGUGAGGGAGGACAAGCGGGUCGAGGUGGUGGUGCUGCCUGUGAGGGACGGUGUCAGUCUGAUCAUGCGCAACGAGUGA